CAAUUUGUACGAGUUUUAACUUAAUAUAUUUAGUAAUCCUUCAGUGAAGAUAAUGUUUCUUUGGUUAAAAGGCCAUGUCUUAUCCCUCUCCUGAAACGGCAAUAGAAAACCAAUAACGAGAAGCACUGGAGGCGAGUAACAGAUAACUGUCACAGUCAUGGCUCUUUCAUCCACAGCUGCAACACUGUAUUUGCCCCGGAAGAAUCUUCAUGCUCCAAUGCCCAAAAACGGCUCUAUGUUGUCAAGUUCCAUCGGUUUUGCAACAAGGCAGAGAAGACUAAGCAUUAGGAGCUCUGGUGAUGUAUCAUCCGAGACACCAGCAACCGAAGCAGAAUCAGAACAAUCCAUUGAAGCUCCGAAAGGACCUCCUUCUUUGAUCUCUGCUCUUAAUGUUGAACGGGCUCUUCGUGGCAUUGCAAUAACAGAUGCAGAUCACUAUGGUAGGCUUGGGCUUCAAAGAAAAUGCUCUUACGAACAGGUCACGGUGGCUUACAAAAACAAGGUAGACGAACUCCCGAAGCAGGGGCUGGAUGAAGAAGAACUAAGCAAGAAAAUGGAUCUCUUAAAAGAAUCUUACUCGAUUUUGUCCUCCGUGAAAGAAAGAAGAAUGUAUGAUUGGAGCUUGGCAAGAACUGAAGAACCUGGCAGAUAUGCUUGGCCUUUUGAGGAGGACAUCAGCCAAACUCCUACGCAGGAACCUCCACCACAGGAACCGGAAGACGUGGGUCCAACCAGAUUGGUGGGAUAUUUCAUACUGGGAUGGUUUAUACUCUCCGUCGUGUUAUCCAUUGCCCUUGCUAGAUAGGGAUGUAUUUUUA